CGUGGGGGAGGAGGAUGUCUGGUCGGCCCAGGACCACGUCGUUCGCGGAGAGCUGCAAACCCGUGGCUCAGCCUUCAGCCUUCGGCAGCAUGAAAGUCAGCAGAGAUAAGGAUGGCGGCAAGGUGACGUCCGUGAUGGCGACUCCGGGUCAGGGUCCCGAUCGGCCUCAGGAGGUCAGCUACACGGACACGAAGGUGAUCGGGAACGGCUCGUUCGGCGUCGUCUACCAGGCCAAGCUGUGCGAGUCGGGAGAGCUGGUGGCCAUCAAGAAGGUCCUGCAGGACAAGAGGUUUAAGAACCGUGAGCUGCAGAUCAUGAGGAAGCUGGACCACUGCAACAUUGUCCGUCUCCGAUACUUCUUCUACUCCAGCGGGGACAAGAAGGACGAGGUGUAUCUGAACCUGGUGCUGGACUACGUCCCCGAGACUGUGUACAGAGUCGCCAGACACUACAGCCGAGCCAAACAGACCCUCCCCAUGGUUUACGUCAAGUUGUACAUGUAUCAGCUCUUCAGAAGCCUGGCCUACAUCCAUUCGUUUGGAAUCUGCCAUCGAGACAUCAAACCCCAGAACCUGCUGCUGGACCCUGAGACUGCUGUGCUCAAACUGUGUGACUUCGGCAGUGCGAAGCAGCUGGUCCGUGGAGAACCAAACGUGUCCUACAUCUGCUCGCGGUACUACAGAGCUCCUGAACUCAUCUUCGGAGCCACGGACUACACCUCCAGCAUAGACGUGUGGUCAGCAGGCUGUGUGCUGGCUGAGCUGUUGCUAGGGCAACCGAUUUUCCCUGGUGACAGCGGAGUGGAUCAGCUGGUGGAGAUCAUCAAGGUUUUGGGCACACCCACCCGUGAGCAGAUACGAGAGAUGAACCCCAAUUACACAGAGUUCAAGUUUCCUCAGAUAAAGGCCCACCCAUGGACUAAGGUGAGUCAACAGGUGUUCCGGCCACGCACACCUCCUGAAGCCAUCGCUCUGUGCUCUCGUCUGUUGGAGUACACGCCCACGGCUCGGCUCACGCCGCUCGAGGCCUGCGCGCACUCCUUCUUUGACGAGCUGAGAGACCCGAACAUCAAACUGCCCAAUGGGAGGGAGAAGCCAUCGCUGUUCAACUUCACCACUCAAGAAUUGUCCAGUAACCCGUCCUUGGCCACCAUCUUGAUUCCUGCUCAUGCACGUAAUCAAGCAGGUGCCUCCACCCCCACCAACGCCUCCAGCACUACAGAUGCCAACAGUGGAGAACGUGGGCAGACCACCAAUGCAGCUUCUGCCUCCGCCUCCAACGCCUCCACCUGAGUGUCCCAGCCGUUCACCCAUCCGGAAGACGCCCCGCCCAUUCUCCAGAUCAGUGGGCGGGGUUUAGACCAUCCAGCCACAACACUUCUUCUUCAUGAAACUGCAAGAGCCAAACCAUAAUUUCAGCACCAACCAGAGUUCCCAGACAUGUACAGAACCGCAGUCGUGAAAAAAGAGAGAGAGAGAGA